UUUUCCAUUGACCUUACCAACCAAACCCUCUCUGUGCUUCCCUUAUAUUUAUAAUUAUAUUAUUCAAAACCAACAACAGAGCCUGUGGCAACCACAAGGGAGCAACAAUCAACUUGACUUCAUUUUGAUCAGCAAAUCUCUGCUCUUCUUCCUCAAACAACCAAAAAAGAAGGGAAGAAAAUAUGGGUGGAGGCAGAAAGGUCUAUACUUUGGCUGAGGUUUCUCAACACAACAAUCCCAAGGACUGUUGGCUCGUCAUUGAGGGCAAGGUAUACAAUGUGACUAAAUUCUUGGAGGACCAUCCUGGUGGUGAUGAGGUUUUGUUGUCUGCCACGGGGAAGGAUGCCACUGAUGAUUUUGAGGAUGUUGGCCAUAGUAGCAGUGCCAGAGCAAUGAUGGACGAGUUUUAUGUGGGUGAUAUUGAUACGUCAACCAUCCCCACUAAGACAAAGUACACUCCGCCCAAGCAGCCUCACUAUGACCAGGACAAGACCUCAGAAUUUGUUAUAAAGCUUCUCCAAUUCCUUGUUCCCCUGCUAAUCUUGGGAUUGGCUGUGGGCAUCCGCUUCUAUACCAAAUCACCAGCUUGAGCAUCGACACUGUAAGAGAGUCGGAAAAAUCUUCAGAAUAAGAAUAAGUUAGUUUAAAAUUGUUUGGAGCUGUCACGUAUUGUGGGAUGGUGGGAUAUUUGCUUCUGAUGAAUAUGUGCUUGUUUUGUCCUUGGACCAGUUCCCAGUGCCCCCCUUUUUCUCCGUAGGAUCUAAGAUUGUUUCGUUGUUUCCUUGAAAUGCUGUUGGAAAAACCACCUUUUCUUCCUCAUGUGGUAAUCUCAAAACUUGUCUCACUGAAAGCGGCCAUUGUCCGUCCAAUGAUUUGUUUGUGAGCUAA